CGUUGUGGGGCGUUUAAGAAGCCGAUCCGGGACUGCGGGUUUUGUUAAGAAAUCGGGAGUGUCCCGCGAAAAGCAUAUUUUAACUAGCAUAGCGAAUUUAACAUAAAAUCGGAAGAUGGCAGCAAAUAAGCCCAAAGGGCAGAAUUCAUUGGCAUUGCACAAAGUCAUCAUGGUAGGCAGUGGUGGAGUUGGAAAAUCAGCUUUAACACUUCAAUUUAUGUAUGAUGAGUUUGUGGAAGACUACGAACCUACCAAAGCAGACAGUUACAGGAAAAAGGUUGUGCUGGAUGGAGUGGAAGUCCAGAUUGAUAUCUUGGAUACUGCUGGCCAGGAGGACUAUGCAGCCAUCAGAGAUAAUUACUUUCGAAGUGGGGAAGGGUUCCUUUGUGUUUUUUCGAUCACAGAACAGGAAUCUUUUGCUGCAACAGCAGACUUUAGGGAACAGAUCUUAAGAGUGAAGGAGGAUGAGAAUGUUCCAUUUUUGUUGGUUGGAAACAAGUCUGAUUUGGAGGAUAAAAGACAAGUAUCUGUGGAAGAGGCAAAAAGCAGAGCUGACCAGUGGAAUGUAAACUAUGUGGAAACCUCAGCAAAGACCAGAGCCAAUGUUGAUAAGGUUUUCUUUGAUUUAAUGAGGGAAAUCCGAGCUCGAAAGAUGGAAGACAGCAAAGAAAAGAAUGGCAAGAAGAAACGAAAAAGCCUUGCAAAGAGAAUAAGAGAGAGAUGUUGCAUUUUAUAAAGGGAAAGCACAAACAUUACCCUCAUCUUUAAUGUUAAGAACCAUAACUUGUUAGCAUGCCCCAGGAAGUUCUGGAGACUGACUGUUUAGUAACAUUUUGGAGGAAUUAUCUAACACUAAAAACAUGAUUUGGGCCUGCACUGCGAUCCAACAUCACUGACAGAAAAAAAAAAAAAAAAAA